AUGAGAAGUUCGAAAGUGGUGCUGGUUGCGGUUUGCGCGUGUGCGAUCGUGGGGAUGACGCUGGCCCGCAAGAUCCACAUCCCGGCGAAAAACCGGAACGAUGACCUGUUCUCCGAGGACGAAUUCACCUUCCCGGUCGAGGACACCAAGGAUCCGACCAACUUCACCGGUAACGUGAUGAAGGCCAACAUCGUGAUGUCGCAGGUCAAGAACAAGGGCAAAGGCGAGUUUAAGUAUGCGGUCGAAACGGAAAACGGAAUCGAAGUGGAACAGAUCGGUAAGCUUCGCAGCGAUAACAAAACCUUCGUCGUAAUGGGUUCCUACACAUACACCGGUGCAAACGGCAAGCGCUAUCGGGUGCGUUACACCGCCGACGAGUUCGGCUAUCAUCCGAUCACCGAACUGGAUUUGGACAUUCCGGACCCCAUGGGGGCUCCUCAGCCUGUCCGGCAGCCACUGCAGCCCUUCACCUUUGCACCCCGAGUGACGACGACGACAACACCUCCCCCGCCACCACCGCCGGUCCAGAAUCCCUACGAUGGACCGUCACACGCGUAUUUGCCACCAACCAAUUCCUACCUACCCCCGUCGGAUGAGUACCUACCGCCGCAGGGUGACAAUCGCAGACAACCCGCCGAACAGCUACCGACGGAACAGCUACCACCCUACUACAGUCCGCAGAGUCUGCCCGAACAGAAUCUGCUCUACUAG